AUGUUUUCAGCCUUUGGAUCUGUUCCUAUAUUGGUCAUGGUGGCCAUACAACUUCUUCUUAUUAUACGCAACGUUUCUUCUUUGAACCUUACUAAUGAGUAUCUGGACCACAAAUGCAGCAACACCGAAGGAAAUUAUAAGCAGGGGAGUGCAUUCGAAAAAAAUCUCAACUUAGUCCUCAGCACUCUCACCUCGGUUGGCAAUUUUCGUGACGGUUUCCGCUAUACUGAAGAAGGUGAGGUUCCAAAUAACGUAUUUGUAAAGUUCCAAUGCCGCGGAGACUCCUACUGGUCCAAGUGCCCACCAUGCAUCAGUACUGCCGUCUCUGGGCUUCGCAAGAGAUGUCCAAGAAACAAGGGAGCAAUAAUAUGGUAUGACCAAUGUCUUUUAAAGAUAUCUUCGGUCGGCUCCUUCAAUAAGAUUGACUACGAGAACGAUAUCUAUUUGUCCAAUCCAAAAAAUGUCAAGGAUCGAGAGAUGUUUAACAAGGAGACGUUGGCUCUCCUAAAGAAGUUGGCAUAUAAAGCCUCCGAUAGGAACAACUUAGACGGCAAACAGUUGGUGUUGUAUGCGGCCGGAGAAAAGAGAAUUGGGACAAAAAAGGUCUACGCAAUGGCGCAGUGUACAAAAGACUUAAUAUUUACAAAGUGCCUUGAGUGUUUGGAAGGGGUUUUUAAAAAGUUUCCAGAAUGUUGUGACGGUAAACAAGGAGGAAGAGUUUUAAGUACAAGCUGUAACUUUAGGUAUGAGUUAUAUCCUUUUCUUAGAAACUAG